UCAAUUCUUUUAUUUUUCUUUCUCUUUCUCUUCCCUUCUUUUCCCCUUUUUCCCCUUUCAAGAACCCUAAACCAUUCCAAAUCCAAUUUCUUUUCCCUCUAUGUAAUUUCCCGUCCUUUGUUAAAAACCCUAACUUGCGAGCUGUCAGUUUUCAAUUUCAGUUAUUUGCAAAAAUAGCCACUUUUAAUAUCUAAUUUGUUAAAAAUGGUGUGAAUUCUGGGUAAAUUUUCAAAUUUUGCAGAGUUGGAUAUUUUUGUAAUAUCUUUGAUCUGCCGGUGAGGAAUUUGUUUGGGGUUCUAAUCCGGCAAUAAACGAAGAAGAAGAGGAGACAAUUGGAGGCCCAAAAAAUGGCGAAUUUGGACUUGCAAAUGAACCCACAAAUGGAGCAGAUCCAUGGAGAAAUUCGUGAUAAUUUCCGAGCCCUAGCAAAUGGUUUUCAAAAGCUGGAUAAGAUCAAAGAUUCCAACAGACAGAGUAAACAGUUGGAAGAGCUUACAGGGAAGAUGAGAGAAUGUAAAAGGUUAAUUAAAGAGUUUGAUCGUGAAAUUAAAGAUGAGGAGAGUAGAAAUCCUCCUGAGAUCAGCAAACAACUCAAUGAUGAGAAGCAAUCAAUGAUCAAAGAGCUAAACUCAUAUGUGGCCCUGAGAAAAACGUAUAUGAGCAGUCUUGGCAAUAAGAGGGUUGAACUAUUUGACAUGGGAGGUGCAAGUGAACCAACAGCAGAGGAAAAUGUCCAAAUGGCAUCAGCAAUGUCAAAUCAGGAGCUUAUCAGUGCUGGAAAUAAGACAAUGGAUGAAACUGAUCAAGCCAUUGAACGGUCCAAACAGGUUGUUCACGAAACAAUUGAAGUGGGAACACAAACUGCUACUACCUUGAAAGGCCAAACUGAUCAAAUGGGUCGUGUUGUCAAUGAGCUUGACACAAUUCAAUUCUCCAUUAAAAAGGCAUCCCAGCUUGUCAAGGAAAUUGGACGGCAGGUUGCCACGGAUAAAUGCAUCAUGCUUUUCCUCUUCCUCAUUGUCUGUGGUGUUGUUGCCAUUAUUGUUGUGAAGAUUGUGAAUCCUCACAACAAAGACAUAAGGGAUAUCCCUGGACUGGCUCCUCCAGCGCCUUCAAGGAGAUUGCUAUAUCUAAAGCCUGGACAAGAUUUCGUGUAAAUCUGUACAGUUCUGAAGAAUGGUCAGAGUUUAAAUUGGUAGUGAUGACUAAAUGUGCAGAUAAUGCACAUGGAUUAUGAUGCAAAGUUUGGUUUGCAAUUUUCUCCUUUGGUUACUUGGAACUGCAGAUACAAAGGACCC